AGGCCCGCCUCCCGGAGCCGCCCCUCCUGCCCUUCCUCGCGGCCGUGGAGCUGUGUCUGGUCGGUCCCCCUCCUCCUCCGCCUAACACGCUUUCCCUCCUUCCCUCAGAGGAUGUCCUCCUUCCAGCUCAACCUCAACCCGCUCAAGGAGCCUCUCGGCUUCAUCAAAGUCCUCGAGUGGAUUGCUUCUAUCUUUGCUUUUGCUACCUGUGGAGGUUUUAAGGGCAAAACAGAAAUUCUAGUGUCUUGUGUUAAAGAACCUGAGAAUAAAACGAUUACAGCUGCUUUUGGUUAUCCAUUCAGGUUGAAUGAAGCAUCAUUUCAGACACCUCAAGAUGUAACUGUCUGUGGUAUAGAUUGGAAAAAGUAUGUCCUUAUUGGAGAUUACUCCUCUUCUGCGCAGUUCUAUGUGACUUUUGCAGUCUUUGUCUUCCUGUACUGCAUUGCCGCCCUUCUGCUGUAUGUUGGUUACACGAACCUGUAUCGUGAUAGUCGAAAGCUUACCAUGACUGACUUUGUAAUUACUAUUGUUGUGACUUUUUUGUGGUUGGUGAGCACUUCAGCCUGGGCUAAAGCUCUUACAGAUAUUAAAUCAGCUACCGGUUCCAAUAUUGUCCAGGAACUUAAGCCUUGUAAUAUUCAAGGAGUGGUGUGCCAGUUUGUCUCUGUGACUAGUAUGGGAUCCCUAAACGUGUCUGUGAUCUUUGGCUUUCUGAACAUGAUACUUUGGGGAGGAAAUGCAUGGUUUGUGUACAAGGAGACCAGCUUUCACAGUCCAUCAAAUACUUCUACUUCUCAAGGAGGUAUUCCUCCUCCAACUGGAAUAUAAUUGAAGGGAGAAGUACACUGUAUGAAUUAAAUGUCUGUACUAUGACCUGUUGCCAACACCUUGAGAAGCAUUUUUUGUUUCUAAUAAAAGUAAUGGCUUUUUCAGUAAAUUGAUGGGUUUAAAAUUUUGCUGCUUUUUUACAUAAAGCUUGUGCCUUUCCUAGAAAUUUAAGAUGUAAAUGUAUUCUCACAUGUGAAUUUGAAAAUUCAGGGGCCUAUUAUGAGAUGUGAUACACAUUUUUAAUGAACGGUAAUUUUCUUCACUAAGUUGUUUUCCUUCCAGAGUGUUUACACCUUAAGCCUUAACGUAUAUCUUCACUCAGAAAAGAGUUUUAUUGUCAUAUCAUAAUAGGAAGAAAAUCUCUUUUGGAAUAUACACUACUGUAAGUUUGUACAGAUCAUAUUCCUAAGACCUAUCUUUGUUUAAGAAAGUCUUGAUUACAUAAAUCAUAUUUAGAAAGAAACAAUUAACAGUUUAUAUCUGAACAUUGUUUGUAUGUUAUGAAAAAUGCUUAAUUACAAAGGCUGAUGUAUGUUUUAUUUCUGUUUUUCUAAAUGACCUACAAUAUUUGGUAGAUGUACUAAAAUUGUUUAGGGAGUGGGGCUUAGAGAUUUCUAAUAGAUGUAUAGUUAAUUUGGUAAUUCUCAUGCAUGAGGUGUAAGCUUCCAUAUGCUGGUUAUUUAGUAGAUUUGCUACAUAAGUAAAACAUGGUUCACCUAGAUACUUUGAUAUGUACGGGCAUUACUCCUAGUGAUAUUUGUUGGCUGUCUUUUGUUGCUUAUGCUCCUUCAGUGCAGGCUGAGACCUAGUCUCCUGCAAGUAGAGUAAAAUAAUCUACCUUUUUUUUGCAGACCCUAUUCAUAGGAUUAAAAAAAAUUAAGAUUGCCUUUUACUUUUGAAACAUUUAUAUUCAAUGAAGUUUCUGUCUUGAGUUUAGUAUUGAUAUUGUGAAAAUGAAUGCAAUUUGGAUUUCACAUUUCUUAAUGUUCUUAUUUCACAAAUGGAUAAUUAAGGAAUUAUGCAUCAUAAAGAAGGAACCUAAGUGAGCUAUAUUAUGGGUGUACUGUGUUUGCUCACACAUUUGGGUGGCUUCUGGAAUAUAGGGCUUAUUCACGUUUUGCUGCCUAAUCUUUCUGUUGUACAGGGCCAGAUCUCCUCUUAGCCACAUGAUUGUUUUUAUGUGAAGCACAUCUUACUAUCGCCUUAUUUUGGUUGCUUUUGUUCACAAGAAUUGUUAAUAUAAGAAUGUGUAUCCACCUUAAUAAAGAAAUUAAAAUAAAGAGUGCACUGAUUGUUAUGUUAUAAAGAAACUUUCAUCUUAAAGGCAUGAGCAGUAUAAAAUAGAAUUGAUUUACAAAGCAAGAAAUAGAAUAUUACAGUAGUUUUUUUUUUGUUUGUUUAAUGUUUGGCAAGGAAUAAAAAAUGCUUUGGAGACCCUG